GCGAAGCAAUAACAACAAUAAUAAUAAUAAGCACAGCUCACGUACAAUAUCAUUCCACUUACACGCGCCGUUGUUGUUGCUGCUGCUGCUGGCGCUGCUGCUGCGCCGUCUGCGCAUAGUUUCGUGACGUUUCCACCAGCCAUCUGAUAAGGCGCUACAUAUUUCAUAUUUCGCACGCACUCUCUCCAUCGCUCUCUCACUCGCCCUGUUUCUCUCACUCUGUCAUUCUUCAGCCUCCUUGUCGCUCUCUCGUACGACCUCUUUCGCUCAGCCGUUCUCUCGCUCUCGCUCGCGCGCUCUCAUUGGAGAAGUGUUUCGGCGCGCUGUGCUAUUUGAGUGCUCUGCAAUCGUCACAUCGCUUAUCGGCAGCGACGCGUCGUCGCAGUUAUACUGGCAUUGCUCUUUGGCACCUUUGGCUAACCAGUCACAGUAGCAACAGCCAGCGCAGUAGAAAUUUUACGAAAAUGCCGCUAAAACAUCAAUCACAACAACAACAAAAACAACAACAACAAACACAGCUGCAAAUGCAACAAUCACAUUCCAAUAGCAACAACAACAACAAGAAUUCCGAAUCACGCGAACGAACACAAACGAUUGGUGAAACGGACAUGGAUCAAUCGGUGCUGAAUGGCCUGCACUUGAACGCGGACAGCUAUUAUCAUGGCCAUAAGCGUGAGCAAGGACACAGAGUCUUUGUGAACCGAUCGCUGCAUUUGGAGAACAUUAAGUACUAUGGCUUCGACAUGGAUUACACCUUGGCAGAGUACAAAUCGCCGCAAUAUGAGCAGCUGGGCUUCAAUUUGGUCAAGGAGCGACUCGUCUCGAUGGGCUAUCCGAAGGAGAUAUUGCAGUUCGAGUACGAUCCGACAUUUCCAGUGCGUGGCCUGUGGUUCGAUACGCUCUACGGCAAUCUGCUGAAGGUGGAUGCCUAUGGCAAUAUUCUGGUCUGUGUGCAUGGCUUUGAGUUCAUCAAGCACCAUCAGGUGUACGAGCUGUAUCCCAACAAGUUCCUCAAGCUGGACGAGUCUAGGGUCUACGUGUUGAACACUCUAUUCAAUUUGCCCGAAACCUAUUUGCUGGCCUGUCUGGUCGAUUUCUUUACCAACAGCAAGGAUUUUGUUCGCGUUGAACGCGGAAUCAAAGCUGGUGAUUUUCUAUUUACGUAUAAGUCGAUUUUCCAGGACGUGCGACGCGCCGUCGACUGGGUGCAUUCCGAUGGCGAUCUGAAGCGUCGUACCACACAGAACAUGGCCUACUACGUGAAGAAGGACAAACGUCUGCCGACGGUUCUGUGCCGCAUUCGGGAGUCGGGCGCGAAGCUGUUCAUGCUGACCAACAGCGACUACACGUACACCAAUGAGAUCAUGACCUAUCUGUUCGACUUUCCGCAUGGCGCCAAUGCCGAUGAGCCGCAUCGGGACUGGAAGAGCUAUUUCGAUGUGAUUGUGGUGGAUGCGCGCAAGCCGUUGUUCUUCGACGAGGGCACGGUGCUGCGGCAGGUGGAUACGGAGACGGGUGACCUGAAGAUUGGCACGCACAUUGGGCCGCUGCAGCCGGGGCAGGUGUAUUCGGGCGGCUCGUGCGAGCUCUUCACCAAGUUCAUCAAUGCCAAGGGCAAGGACGUGCUGUACGUGGGCGAUCACAUCUUCGGCGACAUACUCAAGUCGAAGAAGAUACGCGGCUGGCGCACGUUCCUCAUUGUGCCGGAGCUGGUGCGGGAGCUGAACGUGUGGACGGAGGAGUGCCAACUGUUUGCGGAGCUACAGAAUCUGGACAUCAAGCUGGGCGAUCUGUAUCGCGACCUGGACUCGAGUGCCAAGGUGAAGCCGGACAUAUCGCAGCUGCGCACCUGCAUCCGGGAUGUCACACACAAAAUGGACAUGGCCUACGGCAUGAUGGGCUCGCUAUUCCGCUCUGGCUCGCGCCAGACCUUCUUCUCCAGCCAGGUGGUCCGAUACGCCGACGUCUAUGCCGCAACGCUGCUCAAUCUCAUCUAUUACCCAUUCUCCUACAUGUUCCGCGCCCCGGCCAUGCUGCUGCCCCACGAGUCGACGGUGGCCCACGAUCAGGCCCACCAGCCGCCACCGCCGCUGGCGACCGCCUCCUCGGUGGCCGCCCUGGACGGUGCCAGCAGCAGCGCCGUCGCAUCCAAGCUCAACUCAGCGCUGCGCAAUGACGAAGUCAUCGCUGGCAGCAAUGCGCCGGCGAAGGAGGGCAACAGCGGCAAGGACUUGCAUCGCGCGAGCUCCAUUGUGCACACGCGCCCAUCGACGCCCACUGUGGUGACUCACACACACGACGAGGACUACUCGGAGGAGGAGGAGUCGGCCAGCGGGGCAGAGUCAUCGGCGGAGCAGCAGAAGCGCGAGGCCUCCGACUAAAUGAAUUACCAAUCUGUCGCUCACUCCCCCCUGUGCGGAGAUCAUCGAAUUUGCAAAUCCUAUUUCUGUGGUCAAUUUGGCAGAUCUACUCCGUAUACCUAAGCGAAGGUUGCAGUCUCCUUCUACCCCCCAUUGCAACUAGUGAGAAACAAGCGAUUUUUUUUUUUCGAUUUUACAUAUACAAUUAUAAAGUCUAUAUAAUAUAUAUAAUAUAUAUACACUA